UACAAAUCUUGAUUUCGUAUUUUGAUCUCGAUACUUUUGGCUGUUAUAAUGACGAGCAAUCAACUCACCCGUAUUGUUUACUAAACGAGAUACAAGGAAUAUAAUCAUAAUCACCAAAACCACCUCGAUGACCCUAACUAUGGAACUCUUUCUGUAGGAUCUAUUUUCGUUCACAAUCUGCCUUGGAUCCUGGGCUAAUUUGUGAGGAGAACAGCCGAUCCUUAUCAUGGCUAUCUACAAGGGGAAGGUCGUAUGGCCUCGGAACAAGCUCUAUUCGGGGCCAUGGUUAUAUUACAAGGAUGGACCUUACAUUGAGCCUAGAAGGAUGACCAGCUCAAUAUCCAAGUUUUGGUAAGAUAGUUUGUUGGCGCCAGCAUGGAUAUACGAUCAUCUGGAGCUAUACGGUUUCAUUUCUACGAAGGGAAGGUUCUUUUGGCAUACUGGGGAGACGACAAGGGGCCAUUGGGAGUAUGUAUGCUUUGUAGCCGAUGAUCGAUAAAUGGUGCUAGGGAUAUGUCUUGCGCGGGAAGGGCUGUGUCAGGACCAAGGUGUUUGUAUUAUGGGAGUGCAUGGAAAAUUGCGGAGGACGGCCUUUCUAGCGACCAAAGUCAAACUGCUACUGCGAAUUCGACAAUAAUUGAUUUCUCGGAAUGGCAGCAAACAAUUUUGAUCGCACGAGCCAAAGUACACGCUGAGGACUACAAUGAAUUCGCCUCGGUCCUCCUUGCUGUUGCACGUCCCCAACCCCCUCUAGUAUGUUCUCGAUAGCGCUGGUGAUAAGGGGCUUGUUUCGGUCUUUGCUUGCCCCUCGCAAUGUAUUGCCCAAUCGCAAAAAUGCCUCACAAUAGUGAUAAACCUGCUUAGUUGCUCAGCCCUGUUACGAAUCGCUUCAUCGUAAAGCAGAAAAAAUCGGACAAGCUUUCCGCAUUCCGAGACGAGCGAUAGGCGGCCUAUACCUUGAUUUGGGCUGAGUUAUGAUGAGACAGACCUAUCGCUAUCAAAGAUCCUGCAGUCUACUAUGGGCUUCAAAACGGACAACCAGACACUACAAGCACCUAAACCGCAUAUUGGUGAUUACAAGAGAUGUGGUAGGAUCUGGAAAUAGAUGAAGGACGUAAUAUACUUGAUCCUUCAGCUGGAAUUUAGUUUGCUUGGAACUACAGUUAUUUCUGCAAUCGGACUAUCCGCCGGUUGUGAUCUGCAUGCUACAGGCUGGGAUGAGUGAGAGGAUGAGAUAUGCAGCACACUGGGUGAGGGUAAGUAGAAUUAAAGGAUUUGGUGGUGGACGAACUUUGAAAGACG